ACGUGAUUCUGCACGCCAAGGCAGGACAGGAUAAUAGGAGAGUGUCGUAAGCCGAUUGGAUUUCCUUUCCGUACCUCCCCCCGAAUCAGCCAACAACUUUGUGACCCGAAGAUCGCGACCUGUCGGCAAUAUUCAUCACGGCUUAAUCAAGGGCUGUCUUGUACACCCACGAUCCGCCCACCAUGAUGCACCCGGAUCGCCAGGCGUACGUGGAAGAAGCCAUGGACGAGGACAGGGGAAUAGCGCUUGAAGAUGUUCCCGUUGACCAUGACUACGAUAUUCCUUCGGCCUCAGCUGGUUUGGGAUCCGAGAAAGCCUCUGCGGUUUUGGCUCAGUUCGAGCGAAAACGACUUGCUGCUAGCAUUGCGGUUCCCACUGAUGAUGGAAGGGUCCGCGCAAAGCUCAGAGAACUCGGAGAACCGAUCACGCUAUUUGGCGAGGGUCCCCCCGAAAGGAGAGACCGCCUAAGACAACUAUUGGCUAUCCAGAAGGAGCUUGCCGGUCUGGAGCAAGAUGAUAUCGAGAUGAAGGAUGCAGCAGACGAGGCAGAGAAAGAAGAAGAGGAAGAGCAAGAAGAGGAGUUCUAUUCACGAGGCGGCCCGCAACUCCUCGAGUCGCGCAUCAACAUCGCCCAUUUUUCCCUAUCCCGUGCCAAACGGCGAGUUCAGUUCCAAAAGCAGGAGUCGACAAUACCUCUUCGAACCCACGUCAAGUUUCGGAAACAAAUCAAAGAAAAGAUCCAGGGCUUCGAGUUGCAAGGCAGUCAGACCGCAGGCGACCGACACGUCAGCAUGACGAGAAUCUCCCCCAAUGGCGAGUUUGUCGCGGUCGGCAACUGGGGCGGCUCCGUUAAGCUCAUCGAGAUUCCAAACUUGACAGAGAGGGUGAAUUUGAGGGGACACACCAACAAAAUCAGCGGUCUAUCGUGGUUCCCAGGGGCCACGCUUCCAGAGAGGAACGUCUCGGCAGGCGCGGUCAAUCUUGCAUCCGGAGGUGCUGAAGGCGCCAUCCAUCUCUGGUCAUUGAACCAAGACACCCCGCUCUCAACGCUGAGUGGACAUAGUGCCCGUGUGUGCCGAGUCGAAUUCCACCCUUCUGGCCGGUACCUUGCUUCUGCGUCUGAGGACACGACUUGGAGACUAUGGGACGUCGAGACAAGCAAGGAACUCUUGCUACAGGAGGGACAUUCGCGAGGCGUCUAUGCCGUGAGUUUCAAUACGGACGGUUCCCUCUUGGCCAGUGCUGGCUUGGACAGCAUUGGGCGGAUCUGGGAUAUGAGAUCAGGCCGAACCGUCAUGAUUCUCGAUGAGCACAUCAGGCCCAUCCACGCCCUGGACUGGGGCACAGACGGACACAGGGUCUUGUCUGGAUCGGCUGAUGGUUGGGUCAAGUGCUGGGAUGUUCGCAAAGUGCAGAGUACAACUUCCCUAGGCGCACACACGAGCGCUGUCUCUGACUUGAGGUGGUUCAAGGGGCUGGAUGGCCCAGUGGAUGGCACUCCACCAGGAACGGACGACAAGGGAUCUCAGCAACCCAAGAAGUCGGGCACCUUCUUCGUCUCGAGCGGCUUCGACAACAAGGUCAAAGUCUUUUCAGCCGACGACUGGAGCCUCGUCCAUACACUUAGUGGACACACAGGUCCUGUCGCGAGCGUCGACGUGAGUCGCGAUGGGAAGUGGAUUGUGAGCGGAGGUCACGACAGAACCGUAAAGCUGUGGGGACGCAAUGACAUGGAGGGCAUAUGAAGUUGGUGGAUGCUCCCUUGACCCAUAAUCCCAUAGAUCUUCUAAAUCUCGGCAAAAAAAAUGAUACCCAUAUAUUAUCUUCUCCUACUCUUUCUAUGAUUAUCUUGGUAUUUCCCCUUCAAUUGCAUGUUCGCAUGAGGUCGGGGAGUGCAGUCCGAUAUGGCAAUCAACUUUCGCGAGACUCCGUCUGUAGUCCUGUGCGGCGGCACAGGGCGGCGGGC